AUGGCUCCACCCGCUUGGGCUGGUGAGUCACAGUCUAGCACAGCCUUUUCAAUGAAUCCUCGCGAUUCGCGUGUCGUCAGCAUCUACGACAAGUAUCUUUACGAUCCUAAGGAUCUCGAAUCAUCCGACCCUCGCCGACGCGAACUUGCUCGCAAAGCCAGUCAACUCAAAUUACAUGGUCGUCCCGCCAAUCACAUGGACGCCAACGGUCUGCGUUCUGUUGGCUCUUCCCACUCACCUCCCGCCCAGCGCAAGAGCAUCGCCUUCUCCCAGAAUGUGAAAGCCUCUGAUGGCCACACUGCUUCAUCCCGCAACGCCGCCAUCGCCGCUGCUCAUAAUCAUCACCACAGUGCUCAACAUCAGAACCAGAGAUCGAGUCGCGCCAGUCUCGCCUCUCACCUGGACGACGGCACUCAUGAUCGCGACUCUGGCGCCUUUGGUCUAGGUCUUGGUAUGCUGGGUGGAAGUGACUCCGAAUCUGACUCCGACACAGACGAUGAACGCUCUAGAAAGCCUAACAACCCGGCUCUCAACAGAUCCAACGAUCGCCGGGACAAAGAUAGGCCCGAAAGCUGGACCGAUCGCGCCAAGGCUGUUGGUCAGCGUCCGCCUGAUAGUGCUUCUCAGAAUCCACCAUCACUUAAGCUUAUGGCACUCAAGUCGGCCAAGCAAGGCGGAGACCAAUCACGAGACGAGAGAAACAGCAGGCUCGCGGUCGAUUCCAACUUCAUCGAUCGUAAUUCGCGUCAUGGCAGCACUAUUGGUUUCAGUGGUCAGCCUGCCGAUGGUCGAACCUCUUCCCAAACUGCCAACAUCGGCGGCAACUCGAAGCGUCUGAGUGCUCGAACCGCUUUGACCAAGCAGCUUGGUCUUGCCAGCCCGAACCCGGAACCAACAGCAUCACAGUUUCGCGCACCCUCGCCCAACCAGCCGAGGGAUUACUUUGACAGUCGCGCUCCCCAAGCUACACAAGGUCCGUCAACAUCAUCAUCAUCGCGCAACGCUGGCCCUCCACCUAUCGAUGUCGGACGAGCUCAGCAACAUGGCUCUGGCGGACAGCAGCCUUUGUCUGCUCCCGCUUCGACCCCCAACAGUGCUACGCCCCUCUGUUCUCCUGGCUACAGUCCCGGUGGCAUGCCAUCACCGGGCCACCCUCACGCACAGGGCUCAAUGCCGCCGAAUGUGCUCCAACGAGGACCACCUUCGCCCUAUGGCCAACGAGGUCCUCCUGGUAAUCCCGCCGGUUCUGGCAGGCCUCAGGGCCCUCUUGGUCCAGGCGGCUAUCAAAGCAACACCAGCCCUACUCACCCUGGUCAGGGUCCCAACGCACCGCAUCCCUCCUCACUACAAGCGGGUUUAGGCGGUCGCAACCCUCCCAACGGCUUUCAGCGAGGUCCCGGCCCGCAAGGCAGAGGUCCGCCUGGACCAAACGGCAACUUUGGUCCCUCCUUCUCCGACACACCACGUCCUUCGAAGCGUCAAUCCAUCUUCCGCAGAUCAUUGGCCAUGUUUGGCGGAGGGCCCCAGGCGGGUCCCCCAGGCAACGGCCAACCUAACCACCCUCAACAACGCUCGCACCUACCACAGAAACGCCAAUCACUCUUCCGACGUAGCAUGGCUAUGCUCACCGGAGGCGGCAGCACCGAUUCCGGUGGCAUGGGCCCCCAAGGCAAUCAGCAAAUGCGAAUGCCUGUACCCGCACCCGCUCAGCCCCGCGCUUCCUCCGCACCACGCGUCCAAGGCCUCCAGGACGACUUUGAAAAGCCUGAUCACCCACGCAAGUCUCAAUUCCUCGGCGCUGGCGGAGAAGGAGCAGAAUGGGACACUCACGGAGAAGGAGCUAAAUUCUGGCGUCGAUUCUCUAUGGCACAGAAAACAGCUGGCACACAUAAGCUCGAAGACGGCAGCAAGGCUUGGAUGGCGAGUAUGGCUAGGGGGAGGAGAAAGCUCAUCGUCAUAGCUGUCAUCGCUCUCGUGUCUCUUGUUGGCGUCAUAGUUGGCGUCAUCGUGUGGAGAGAGAUUGUUUCGCCUUCAGGAUCUAUUUCUGACGAGCCAACUUCGGUUUACAAAGCAAAUCUCGGUGCCAAAGGCUCGGACUCGGCAAGCGCCGCCUCUGCAACAAGCACAAGCAGGGAAGCAAAAGCUACUUCCACUUCUACAGCACCUUCUGGCUAUUACAGCAGAUCGCUUCCUGCCGAUCCUGUCGCUGAGGAUGUUGUAAAGAGACACAUCCGCAGGGCUGUUACGCACGAACUUGGAGCUAAAAAGAUGCGAAAGCGUCACUUUGGAAGAGCUAUCGCUGCUGCAUCACCUCAACAACCAGCCUCGCUGGCUGAUCUGGAUUGA